AUGGCUCCUAUAUCGGCGGACGAGCGCAACUCGCGCACUAUCUCUACAGCUGCCUGUUUGAUCAUUGGCGAUGAAGUUUUGGGUGGAAAGACUGUUGAUACCAACUCGGCCUACUUUGCCAAAUGGUGCUUUAACCUCGGAAUUAACCUGAAGCGGAUCGAGGUUAUUGAGGACGAUGAGGGUGAGAUCGUCGAAGCCGUUCAGAGAAUGAGUGACCGCUACGAUUUUGUCGUCACAAGUGGUGGAAUUGGACCUACGCACGACGACAUUACUUAUCAAUCUAUCGCCAAGGCGUUCAACCUGCCUCUGAAGCUGCACGAAGAGACCUACGAAAAGAUGAAGCUACUAUCAAAGCCCCAGCCCAACCAACCCAAGUUCGAUUGGGAUGUUGACUCACCAGCCAAGAGGGCAAAGCUUCGUAUGGCUGAACUACCCACAGACGAAUCCCGAGAUCUUAAGCAGCAGGCCCUAUUUCCUCACGAGGACCUCUGGGUUCCGGUGUCAGUGGUCAACGGAAAUAUCCAUAUCCUUCCGGGUAUUCCCAGGCUCUUCCAGAGACUUCUUGAAGGACUGAAGACUCAUAUCCUACCGCGACUCACUGACCCUGAUGGCAAGGGUACACAUAGAGUAUUGUUCUCCACGCCCAUUCCUGAGAGUGGUGUUGCCGAGUUCCUCACAAAUUUGGCCGCUAAGGUUGGGCCCAAGGGUGUCAAAGUCGGAAGCUAUCCUCGCUGGGGCAAGAACAACAAUACAGUUACUCUUGUUGGAAGGGACUUGGACUACCUCGAGAGUCUUGUUGACGAAGUGGAAGCUGGAAUCCAAGGCUUACGAGUCACCGCCGAGAGCGACGGAGAAGAAGACCCGAAGCAGAUAAAGAAGAAGGCGACUGAAGACGCAGACAAGGAUACAGCAGAGAAGGUUGUUGAGAAACCUUGA